AGGGCCAUUUGUCCUUUUGGAGUAGAGCAAACAGUGCAUGGCAGCAGGAAUUAGCCAGGGCCCCAGAGGCAGAGACAGGAGAGCCCAGAGGAGAUAGAGGCUGAAGACAGUUAAAAUCAGAUUCUUAACUGGCUCCCAAUUCUUGGUGAAACUCCCAGAGGCAAAUCAUGAAAUUAAUCACUAUCCUUUUCCUUUGCUCCAGGCUGCUACCAAGUUUAACCCAGGAUUCCUUGCAAGAAAUCGACUGCAACGACCAGGAUGUAUUUGAAGCUGUGGACACUGCUCUGAAGAAAUAUAACAGUGGAAACAAAAGCGGCAACCAGUUUGUAUUGUACCGUGUAACUGAGGUCACCAGGAUGGAUAACCCUGACACAUUUUAUUCCUUCAAGUACCAAAUCAAGGAGGGUGACUGUCCUGUUCAAAGUAACAAAACCUGGCAAGAUUGUGACUACAAGGACUCUGCACAAGCUGCCACAGGAGAAUGCACAACGACCGUGGCAAAGAGAGGGAAUAUGAAGUUCUCUGUGGCUACCCAGACCUGCCAGAUUACUCCAGCCGAGGGCCCCGUGGUGACAGAGCAGUACAACUGCCUUGGCUGCGUGCACCCCAUAUCGACCACACACCCUGACUUGGAACCUGUUCUGAGACACGCCAUUCAGCACUUUAACAACAACACUGAUCAUUCCCACCUCUUUGAGCUUAGAGAAGUAAAAAGCGCCCAAAGACAGGUGGUGGCUGGAUGGAACUAUGAAAUUACUUACUCAAUUGUGCAAACUAAUUGUUCCAAGGAGAAUUUUCUGUUCUUAAAUCCAGACUGCAAGCCCCUUCCAAGUGGUGAUGUCGGUGAAUGUACAGAUAAAGCAUAUGUGGAUAUCCAGCAAAGAAUUGCUUCCUUCUCGCAGAAAUGUAACGUUUAUCCAGAGGAGGACUUUGUACCACCACCCACCAGGAUUUGCGCUGGCUGCCCCAGCCGUAUACCUGUCGACAGCCCAGAGCUAGAGGAGCCUCUGAAUCAUUCCAUCGCGAAGCUUAAUGCAGAGAAUAAUGGAACCUUCUAUUUCAAGAUUGACAUGGUGCAAAAAGCAACAGUACAGGUGGUAGCUGGAAAAAAAUAUUCUAUCGCGUUCACGGCCAGAGAAACCACAUGUUCUAAGGAAAGUAAUGAAGAAUUGACCAAUAGUUGUGAGAUCCAUAAACAUGGUCGACUUCUAAGCUGUAAUGCUGAUGUUUAUGUGGUACCCUGGGAGGAAAAAAUUUACCCUACUGUCAACUGUCAAUCACUUGGACAGACCUCACUGAUGAAAAGACCUCCAGGUUUUUCACCUUUCCGAUCAGUACAAGUGGAGAAAACUAAAGAAGGAACAACUGUAAGUCCACCCCACCCUUCCAUGGCACCUGAACAAGAUGAAGAGCGAGAUUCAGGAAAAGAACAAGGACCCAAUCGUGGACAUGGCUGGGGCCAUGGAAAUCAAAUAAAACAUGGCCUUGGCCAUGGCCAUAAACAUGAGCAUGACCAAGGCCAUGGGCACCAAAAGCAUCAUGGUCUUGGCCAUGGGCAUCAAAAACAACAUGGUCUUGGCCAUGGGCACCAAAAGCAACAUGGUCUUGGGCAUGGACAUCAAAAGCAACAUGGCCUUGGCUAUGGACAUGAAAGGGGACAUGGCCUAGCCCAUGGACAUAAGCAUGGUCAUGGUCAUGGAAAACAUAAAAAUAAAGGAAAAAACAAUGGAAAGCACAAUGGUUGGAGAACAGACUACUUGCCAAGUUUUGAUGAAGAUAGUACUACAUCUUCUGCACAGAUUCAAGGGAAGACAGAAGGGCCAACACCUGUCCCUUCCCUAGCCCAGCCAGGUGUAGCCGUUACCUCUCCUGACUUUCAGGACUCAGAUCUCAUUGCAACUCCUCCGAUGCCUGAUAUACUACCACCUCCCACAGAGAGUGAUGAUGAUUUGAUCCCUGACAUCCAGAUAGAGCCAAAUAGCCUUCCAUUUGAACUGAUUUCAGAUUUUCCAGAAACAACUUCCCCCAAAUGUCCUGGACGCCCCUGGAAGCCAAUUAAUGGAGUGAAUCCAACUGUGGAAAUGAAAGAAUAUCAUGAUUUCAGUCUCUCUGAUGCUCUUUCUUAAUUCAUGCAGCCAGGGGUAUUUCUUUAACACCUCAUCAUCCCCUCUCCCCACUGUCCAAAUAUCCUGAUCUAAUACAACAAAAACCACGCACAUUCAGAACAGCCUAGAGAGAAAUGGUGAGACUCCCAAUGGGGACACCAUCAGUCUCUACAGACGACAUAAAACUCUGUGCAGAGUCCUAACUCCUCUCUGAGUCAUCCUCACAAGCUUUCUUAACAAGCACAGAAAAUGGACAGACGAAUGUGACUUGUGGCCUACUGCAGUUUGCUUUCCUGAUAACGAGUGUGUACCUUAAAACAUACACCAUCAGUUUUCAUACAAAGAUUCUUGACAUUUUGAAUAAACUGUGACAUCUGGGCCCUGAACACAUGUGAAAAUAAGGGAAGUCAAGAGACUGAAUGCUGAACUUCCUAAUCGGAAAAAAGUAAUAGUAAAAACCUCCAGAGGUCAAAGAAGGACAAGAGAGAGAGACAGCUUGGCCAAAGGGAGGACAGGGAAAAUAAAUUAAUUGACUUUCUUUCCAAAACGGGCUAGUUAUAUCAAACAGUUACUCCUACUUGACAAAGCUAUUCUGAUAAUUCUCUUUCUGGGUGAGAGUGUUUCUUAUAAGUAAUUUCUGUUUACUCAUUAACUACGCUUUUGCAACACAGCUUUCGAAUAGGAGUUUUCUGUUUGUUUAUAUGUUGUGAGGGCUAGAUUGAGUAAUCCUAAGUGUUUAGUGGCUCUGAGUUUAAUGAUAAAGAUGGAAAGCAGAAGAAGUAAUACAAAGGCAGGCCCAAGGAAGGAAAAUCUUUUUUUAAUAAUUGAUAAGGGAAUACCAUGAGGUGUGAUACAAAUUUUGUUCAGAAAUUUUAUGAGAAAUUCCUCACUAGCCUCACUUUAUAGUUGCAUAAUUUUUUUGCUACAACAUUGAAGUGUAUGGACUUUUGCCAAAGAGAAUAAUAUGAUUAUCUUUAAUUGCCUGAUAAUGUGUGGGAGACAUAUAUAUAUUUUAUAACCCUUGCUGUGCUUUUGCCUAGGGAAACAGGGCUUUAUACAGCUAUGCUCACCUGGGGAUGCAUGUGUGACUGCUCCUUCAAUUUAUUGGAUGCAUUUGAGCCUCUGAGUUUUUAUCUCAUUUCAAAUAUUAUCUGUACUUGCAAAUAAAGAAUCAACAAUGUCAGGAAAAAGUCUCAUCUUGUCAACUGGUGGCUUCACUUUACUCUUUUUGAAUGAUAACAUCAGAUUAAUGGAGUUUUACUAU